AUGAAUAAGAAAGAUAAUAACGACAAUGAAAGUGAACCCUUAAUCAAAGUAACAUAUCCUCGAUGGUGGCGAGGAUUACCAUCAUUACUAAUUAUGAUGAUUAUAUCUAAUAUAGAUGUUUUAAUUUUGAAUGAUUUUAUUGAAUAUCAUUAUGCAAAAGUGUAUCAAGUCAAUUCUACAUCAUCGGAAAUACGACGUGAAAUAUGUUUAAAUGAAAGUAGUUCAUCAUCAGCAGCAUUUUCAACAACAACUUCAAAAUCUCCUAUAGCAACAACAACAUCAUUAUCAAAUUUAGUUCAAGCAGCUACAGCACGUUUAAAUGUCUAUAUUUAUCUUUCAGCAACAGUACCUGCAAUAAUAACAUCAAUACUAUUGGGUGCGAAUUGCGAUCGAAUCGGCCGAAAAUCUCUCAUUGCUUUACCAUUCGUUGGUAAAAUUACUCGUUAUAUUAUUUUGAGUAGUGUUGUAUAUUUUGAUCUAUCUGAAUGGCUCAUAAUUCUAGCAGUAAUGUGUGAUGGAUUGUGUGGUGCAGCAAGUUUAUGUAUAUUAAGUGCGUUUGCCUAUGUUGCAGAUUGUACAACAGCAAAAAAUCGUACACCGGCAACUAUCAUAGCGAAUAUAAGUAUCGCUUCUAGUCGUAUUUUGCCAUUGAUAACAUUAGGUCUCUAUCUUAAAAGUCAUCAUUUUAUAGUUGCAAUGCUAAUGGCCUUGGGAUUAAGCAUCUUUGGAUUUAUUUUUACAUUAAUUUUUCAACCUGAAUCAAAUGUAAAAGCACGAAAAUUAAACAUAUUACAACAAUUAACUCAAGUCAGACUUGCACCAGUUAAAAAUAUUCUAAAAGUCUAUUUUGUUAAACGUCUAGAAAGUAAACAACGAAGAUUGCUAAUCAAUAUUGGAACUCAUUUAGGUUUUAUUGUUAUGUUAUGCGGUCAUGUUGCUAUUUUCUUCUUAUAUUUAUAUGGUUCACCUUUUUGUUUCGAUUCGUUUCGAGUCGGCAUUCUUACUGUUGUUCAAAUCAGUACAGCUGUUUUACUGACAAUUCCAUUUACAUUAACAAUUGCUAAACGAACCGAUAGUCUAUUCAUACCGAUGAUUGGUUGUUUGUGUUAUAUGACACAAUUUUUAAUACUCGGAACUACAAAAUAUCUAUGGAUGCUUUAUCUUGGCGUAUGUAUUGGAUCAAUAUUUUUCGUAACGACUCCAAUCAUACGUUCUCGAAUCAGUAAAUUAGUGGAGCCAAAUGAAUAUGCUAUAGUUUUUAUCUUGGCGAGUAUAUUUGAAUCAGCUGGCUAUUAUGCCAUAAGUGCAUUUACCAAUGAAAUUUAUCGUUUAUCGGUAUCGUUCGAUUCAGGUUUUGUGUUUUUUACUCUCGCUUUUGUUGGCAUUUUACCAUUAGUAUUCAUGACAUAUUUAUUUAUUGUUGAACGUCGAUUAAAACCCCCGCCAAUCAAACCAACAACUAGUAUCAAUGAAUAA